CGCCGGGUCCCGAACCGAGCGGGACCGGGGGGGUCCAACGGGGCCGAUCCGAGCGGGGCCGGGCCCAGAGGGACCGUGGUCGGGACCGGGAUCGAGCGGGGCCGGUGCUGGCUGCCAUGGAUCCGCUGCGGGCUCAGCAGCUGGCGGCCGAGCUGGAGGUUGAGAUGAUGGCCGACAUGUACAACCGGAUGACCCAGGCGUGCCACCGCAAGUGCGUCCCGCCGCACUACAAGGAGUCGGAGCUGUCCAAAGGGGAGUGCGUGUGCCUGGACCGCUGCGUGGCCAAGUACCUGGAGGUGCACGAGCGGAUGGGCAAGAAGCUGACGGAGCUGUCGCUGCAGGACGAGGAGCUGCUCAAGCGAAUGCAGCAGGGCACCGGCACCGCCUGAGCCCCGCACCCCAAUAAACCGGGGGCGUCUGCUGUGCUCCCCUCGCCCCCCAAACCCA